AUGGGCUUCCCGGCCUCGAACGCCCCUAUUCCUGCUCACACAACUGAGCCUUUCCCUCACCAAGCUCCACAACCCCAUAUCAGCUUCCCCUACCAAGCACCACCUCCCAUAAAUGUUACUUUCUCCGAACCAGGCACGCUGACUCAAGCGGCCCCCAGAGCUCCACCCACUAAUUUCUUUCCCGAAACGGAGACCGAACAGGAGAGGAGAAUGAAAAGGAUGGAAGAGACUAUCAGGGCCCUCCAAGCUAGUGAUCCUCGACAUAGCACUAGUUAUUUAGAUUCGACUCUCUUCCCAGGGAUGCAGCUACCCGCGAAAGUCAAGGUACCCGAUUUUCAGAAGUACGAUGGAACUAAAGAUCCGCGACACCACCUCCGUCACUACACCGGAAAGAUGCUUCAAUACUGGGAUUACGAACAGUUCGUCAUCGCGACUUUUCAGGAGAGCCUGUCAGGACCGGCUCUUAAUUGGUUCAUAUCUCUCCGAGCGGAGGACAUCCCCUCCUGGACCGAACUGGCCAAGAAGUUUGUUGAGCAGUAUCAGUAUAACAUGGAGACGCCCCCAUCCUUCCUCGAGUUGAGCACGAUGGAGAUGGCAGAGGGGCAGAAGUUUGAGGAUUACGCCACGAAUUGGCGUUCGGAAGUAGCAAAACAUUUCCCUCCAAUUUGCGAAGCGCAGCAAAUCCAAAUGUUUCAUGGGACUCUCAAGGGGGCUUACUACUCUCGCCUCAUGGGUCACAAGUCUACUUUCUCGGAGAUGAUUAUGGCCGAGAAACAGGUAGACCUGGGCAUCAAACUCGGAAAGUUAGAGGGCCCGACAAAGAAAGGGGAAGGAGAGUCCUCGAGGAGGAUUGCUUCAGCAGCCACCCCCACUGGCGGCAGAAGGAAUAAGGAGGCUUCGGUCAAUGCCGUCAAUGCGGGCCACAACGUGCCGCAACAGUACUCGAUGAGCUUCAUGCCCGCACCAUCUACCACCCCCGCGUAUGCUCCACCGCCUUCGCCCUAUCCGUUUCAGCAUCCCGCUCAACCGGUUUAUUAUUCGGCUCCGCCGACAGCAUUUCCAUCGGCCCCGCAACAAGUCGUCCAUCAUUACGCUCCCGCUCCUCCUCAGACCCCGCAGUACAGGCCUUCGGCUUCGAGAACUCCUCGGCCGACGCAACAGGCCCCAGCCCCACAGGGUCAACAAGGCGGCGCAAUGCAAGCUCGGCAACGCAUACAGUUCACACCCCUGCCUACCCCGCUCUCCCACAUAUACAGGCAACUAUUAGCCGGCGACAUGAUCCGACCAACGGUUCCCAGUCCCAGUUUCGUUCCGGCAAACCAAGAUCAGAGUCUACACUGCGAGUACCACUCAGGUGCUCCCGGUCACACCACCGACAACUGUUGGAAAUUACGGGAGGAAGUACAGAAGCUGAUCGAUGCCAAAAAGAUCUCGUUCAAUGCCAUUAGGCCUCUGGAUGUGCAAGCCAAUCCUCUCCCUGAUCAUGGGUCGAGCUCGGGGCCCACCAUCAAUAUGAUCAAUAUUUGCACUGUGAGAGAGGACGAGAGCCAACAGGAGGGCCCUACUCCAUUUAUAAUCGAGUAUGUCCCCGCGGAAGCCACCGUAGGGUUCACAGGGUCUAGUGCCGCGCCUGCCCGUUCAUAA